AUGGAUGUCAUCACAGAAGAACUCGUGGAUGGACCACUGAAGACCAUCCUCUACGCUGAUGACAUCGCUCUGAUAGCGGAGAGCAAGGAAGAGCUCCAGGACAAUCUCCAGAAAUGGCAGAAAGUACUGGCGGAAAAUGGUCUCCGGCUGAACGUGAAGAAGACCAAGUUCCUCAGCUCCGAGGGAGGCAUGGAGUCAAUCACCGACGGUCACGGGGAAGCCAUCGAAAAGGUCCAGGACUUCCGAUACCUGGGGAGUGAUCUAGCCGCUGAUGGUAGCGUGGACCAGGCCGUGAAAUCCCGAAUAAACGCUGCAUGGAUGAAGUGGAGGGAGUCCACUGGUAUCCUCUGCGACCGUAGGUGCUCCAGAACUCUCAAAGGAAAGGUGUAUCGGGCAGUGGUAAGGCCCACGAUGCUCUACGGCAGCGAGUGUUGGCCCGUAAGUAAAGCCCAUGAAAGACAGCUCCACUCCGCUGAAAUGAGAAUGCUGAGAUGGGCCUGCGGCUGGACGCGACUGGAUCGGAUCAGGAAUGAAGACGUCGGGACGGUCAUGCAAACAGCUCCAGUUCAACUAAAGAUGAGGGAGCAGCGAAUACGAUGGUUCGGACAUGUCCUAAGAAGACCACAGAGCCACCCGAUAAGGAAGGCAAUGGAGUUCGAGGCGUAA